UUCCCAGCGGAACCUAGGCAAGCCGAGCUGCCUGCAGCCUCUGGGGACGCCCCUUCCCCUCCGGGGGAAGCUAGGGAAUAGCAGACAUACCAGAGCCUAUUUCCAGAGAAGAAUUGCCUCCCCCAAAGUAGUCACUUUGGAGGCUCUAGUGAUGCAUCUGUUGCUCUAUACAUUUUUGAAAUACCUCUUUUGGAAUUGCCUUUGUAACCUGUAGCAGCGCCAAAAACUUUGUCCUUUGAGAGUGGAUUUUAUUUCUGGAAAGAUCCAAAAGUCAUUUGGAGCCAAGGCUGGUGAAUAAGAAGCUUAAGUGAAAAUGGUACAUGUUAGAAGAUAUGAAACAAGGAAUAAUUCUAAGACUCAAGUGCCGGCGUUGAAAUCCCGGGUUGACUGGAGACGGACUAAGCGAAAUAAUAUCUUACAGUUACUUGAUAGUGAUGAAGAGCUUGAUAGUGAUGAAGAGCUCGAUAGUGAUGAAAGUGUUGAUAGUGAUGAAAGUCAUGACAGUGAUGAAAGUCAUGACAGUGACGAAAGUAUUGCUAGUAAUAAAAAGCUUGAUGAUAAAGAGCUUGACUUAACUAAUAAGGCAGAAAAUAACAAAGAACACAUAACUAAGAGUGGUGGCCUUUCAGAUCAUGAGGAAGAAAAAAAUGAAAAUAAAUGUAAGAGCAUUAACACAGAUUAUGAAAAGGAUCUAAGUCAACAACAUAUUGAUUCUAAACAACAGAGUGACCAAAUAGUAACAGAGGAGGAUAUAGAAGAAGAAGAACACAUCACUCGAGGAAAGCGAAAAAGGGUAUCUUCUGUGAUGUAUGACAGUGAUGAUAGUGAUGACAGUGACAUUUUAGUUAGAAGAGUAGAUGUUAAGCGUCGUCGUAUAGUGGAGGAUGAUGACUGCUCUUCAGUGGAGGUGGAUCAAAAACCUCCAAAAACUGAAAAAAGCUCAGCCAUUCGGAAACAGGAACAACUGCAGAAGCUGAAAGAGCUCUCAAAACAAAGAUCUCGUCAGAGACGCAAUAGUGGUAGAGAUUUUGAGGAUUCUGAAGAGGAUAGUGAUCUUGAUGAAGAGGAAGAUGAUGAUGAAGAAGAUGAUGAUGAGGAAGGCGACGAUUACAUUAUUGAUGGUUUUGUAGUUCAAGAUGAGGAAGGUGAAGAAAAUCAAAAUCAGUCAGGAGAAAAAAUGACUGCAUCACAGCUUCAAUUAGUGAAACGAAAUUCUCUUUAUUCUUUCAGUGACCACUACACUCACUUUGAAAGAGUUGUCAAGGCUUUUCUGAUCAAUGCUUUGGAUGAUACUUUUCUGGGAACGUUAUAUGAUGGCACAAGGCAAAAGUCAUAUGCACAAGACAUGUUAACAUCUCUUCAUUAUUUGGAUGGCCGCUUUGUUCAGCCACGCCUAGAAAACUUAGUUUCCAGAAGUCGCUGGAAAGAACAAUAUAAGGAACGGGUGGAAAACUAUCCUAAUGUAAGUAUCCGUUGGAAGACUCCGGAAAAUUGCUCUUGCCAAGCCUGUGGACUGCAUCGAUACUGUAAAUAUACAGUACAUUUGUCAGGAAAAUUGUACAACGACAGGACCAUGGAAACCGAUGAUUUCAUGUCACAUGACAAACAGGUUCUAAAGGUUGGCAAAGUUUGUGCUGAUCGUACUAGGAUUUACCAUCAACUGAAACAUUUCAAAUACAAGUUGUACCAGGAAUGUUGCUCUAUUGCAAAGACUGAAGAAGUUGAAGAUGAACAGGUCAAAGAAACUGUUGAACGAAUUUUCAGUCAAUCAAAAGAGAGUGGCUGGAUUCAGGAGAAAUAUGACCAACUUGAAGAAUAUCUCAAUUUCGCGGAUUAUUUUCAUGAUGAGAAGUUUGACUAAGUUGUAACACUUCCUUUGGAGAAGACUUUAUAAAAUUGCAAUGAACAUGAAGAACAAUGAAUACUUGUUUCUGCAUACCAUGCUGAAUAUAUUUGCACAUUUUUGAAGAUUUUCA